CCCGGGUUACAUACUAGUUUCACAUUAUAAUCCGUAACAUUUAUAACUUAUAAGUCAAUUGACCCGACCUAUACCUCCACCCGAAAGACCCCGUUUGCCACCUCUCCGUUUCGCCGGAAAAGGCCGGAAAACCGGGGUGAAAUUUUAGCACUCCAUUAUUGUUUCCUUCCCGUAACAGGAAAACCCGACCUUUCUACUCUCAUCCAAUGGACUCCCACCCACCGCACCUAAACCCCGCCACCGCCGCCGCCCGUUCACGGAGUUCUCAUUCCCACUCUCAAUCCCAAUCUCCUUCUCACUCCUCCGCCUCUGUCUCUGCCGCAACCUCCUCUCUCCACCACCACCCUCACCACAACAAACGCAAGCGCAAUCCUCUUCCCACUACCACCACCACCCCCGCCAAUGACGCUCCUCCCUCCUCUUUUCUCUCUGCCGAUACCACCGACGAUCUCGACAGUGUUUCUGCAGCUACACCCGCCGAUAACUCAUCCGACGACGCCGCUGCCGCUACUCCUGCCGAUAACGAAGACGACGAUGACGACGACAACGACAAUUUCCCUCCUAACGACUCCUCCUCUAUUCGCACCUUCACCGCUGCUCGUCUCGACAAUGCGCCCAGAAGUUCCAAGCUAAGUAAGGUUGACGGUGCUGCUGUUAAGGUUGAGGUUCCUGAUUCGGUAAAAGACGGCGCGAAUUCCGGCGGUUCCACCCCUGCGGGUCCCACUACUGCGAGUGGCGUGACGGUGAAGGAGGAUUCAGUGAAGAGUAUUUUCACGGAGAAUAUUCAGACUAGUGGUGCUUAUAGUGCUCGAGAAGAAGGUUUGAAGCGUGAGGAAGAAACUGGAAAAUUGAGAUUCUUGUGUCUUUCAAAUGAUGGAGUUGAUGAGCAUAUGGUUUGGCUUAUAGGGCUGAAAAAUAUAUUUGCCAGACAACUUCCUAACAUGCCAAAGGAAUACAUUGUUCGUCUUGUUAUGGACAGAAGCCAUAAAUCAGUGAUGGUUAUCAGACGUUCGACUGUUGUUGGUGGCAUCACUUAUCGUCCAUACAAGAGCCAAAAAUUUGGGGAGAUAGCCUUCUGUGCUAUUACUGCUGAUGAACAAGUGAAAGGCUAUGGCACUAGACUGAUGAAUCACCUAAAACAGCAUGCACGCGAUGUUGAUGGAUUAACUCAUUUUCUUACUUACGCAGACAAUAAUGCUGUUGGUUAUUUUAUCAAACAGGGGUUUACUAAAGAGAUCUCCUUGGAGAAGGACAUAUGGCACGGGUAUAUCAAGGACUAUGAUGGAGGAAUUCUUAUGGAAUGCAAAAUGGAUCUAAAGCUUCCAUAUACGGAUUUGUCAACUAUGAUCCAUCGUCAAAGGCAGGCCAUUGAUGAGAAAAUCAGAGAGCUCUCAAAUUGUCAUACUAUCUACCCUGGAAUUGAUUUUCAGAAGAAGGAGGCUGGCAUUCCCAAAAAGGUCUUCAAAGUUGAGGAUAUUCCAGGAUUGAGAGAGGCUGGGUGGACACCUGAUCAAUAUGGAUAUUCAAGGUUUAAACCGUCAAUUGCACCAGGGGACAAUGCCUCGUAUCAAAAAUCUCUGACCGUCUUCAUGCGGACUCUCUUGAAGUCUAUGCAAGAUCAUCCCGAUGCUUGGCCAUUUAAGGAACCAGUUGAUGGACGAGAUGUGCCUGAUUAUUACGAUAUCAUCAAGAAUCCUAUGGAUCUGAAAACAAUGUCAAAGAGGGUGGACUCAGAGAUGUAUUAUGUGACAUUUGAGAUGUUUGUCGCUGAUUCAAAGAGAAUGUUUGAGAACGCCCGCACCUAUAAUUCCCCCGAAACAAUAUAUUAUAAAUGUGCAACCAGGUUGGAGGCGCAUUUCACAAGUAAGGCAAAUUUGCAGGCUGGAGUUCCAUUUCUCAAGUGAAGCAUCAGGCAAUUGUGCAAUCUGAUCCAAACGCGGCCUUAGUAAUGUGUAUAUAUUGCGAGAUGGACACCGGUUAGAAGCCUUAGAGAACAUACUGAGUACUGACUGUAGUCUUUGGUGAUGGGGAAUUCUAUUGUUAAUCCAUUGAUAUUGUUGUUAAAUUACUCUGUAGUACUACGUAGAUAAUAAUUAAUCUCACGAUUAAAAUGCAGGUGAUUGUUUAAAUGUGUGAUUAUAAGUUGUAUGAAUUAGUUUAUUGGAUUUUGCUCGUGAUGUUUAGUGAUUUUAACGAGUUCCUAA